AUGGCGAUCUGGUAUUCCUUGGGAAUCGCUUUCUUCGCCGCCAUCGGCACAUUCUUGUUUGGUUUCGAUACCGGCAUCGCUACGACUACUAUCGCCCAUGAAAGUUGGAUCAAGUACAUGGAUAGCCCCUCUAAGGGUCUCACCGGCGCUGUAGUUGCAGUCUACAUCGCUGGCGAAGCAGUCGGAGCGUUAACACAAACAUUCAUUGGCGACAGACUAGGCCGUAUCCGCUUCAUGCAACUGAUGUGUAUUAUUGUGACUAUUGGCACAGUCAUCCAAACCGCCUCUGUCAAUAUCGGCAUGUUCCUAGCAGGCCGAGUCCUAGCCGGCUACGCCGUCGGAGGCCUCGUCGCCACAGUCCCAAUCUACCUCAGUGAGAUCUCCGAUCCUCGCUACCGCGGCCUGAUCGGUGGUAUCUCAGGUUGCGGUAUCUCCUUCGGCACGAUGGCAUCCAACUGGGUUGGAUUCGCAUGUAGCUAUGCGCCCUACGGUCCCGUUCAGUGGCGUCUACCGCUCGGUAUACAGAUUCCUUGGGGAAUUAUCAUGUUUAUCGGGUUGGCGACGUUCAUGCCUAACUCUCCGCGUCAGUUGAUUCGAAGUGGUAAGAUUGAGCUGGCGAGGAGCGAGUUUAGGAGGAUCCGGCGCGGAUUCGAGGCACAUGAGGUGCAAGAAGAAUUUCAGCUUAUGCAGGUGCAGAUUGAGUAUGAGAUGGAGAGGGAGAUCACGUCUUUUAGGGAAAUUUUCAAGUUGUUUAGACAUCGGGUUUUGGUGUCUAUCGCGGUGCAGACUAUGACGAGUCUUACCGGUGUCAAUGUCAUCCAAUAUUAUCAAACUAUUCUAUACAAGUCGCUUGGAAUUGACGCGCAUAUGAUCUUGGCUCUGGCUGCUGUGUACGGCACCAUUGCAUUCCUGUCUAACGCUGUCACUACGAAGUAUCUGACCGAUUCGUGGGGUCGCCGAAAUAUGAUCCUCGCCGGUCUGGGCGGUAUCGUCCUCAUUGAGAUCUAUGCCGCCAUUAUGCAGAUGGAAUUCCAGAAUACAGAGAAUCAUGUCGGCAAGGGAUUCGCCAUUCUGGGAAUCUAUCUCUUCGUCGUCUGCUACUUACAACAUGGCUAUACGGUGCCGAGGUCUUGCCUGUUCGCUCUACGCAGCAAGGUGAUGGGUCUCGCCGCUGCCUCUCAUUUCAUCGUCAACGUUGCCCUCACCGAGGCUGGGCCUAGUGCUUUUGCCAACAUCAAACAGAAUUACUAUUAUGUCUUUGUGGCCUGCUCAUUCUUCUUUCUCGUCAUCGCUUACUUCUAUUUCCCAGAAACCAAACAAAAGACCCUCGAGGAAGUCGCUGCAUCUUUCGGCGACCGUGUCGUUCUGGCGGACGAGAACACCAAGGGAAGUGUCAUCGUUGGCGAGGCGGAUCACCUCGAAUCGGCGGUGCCGAAGGGGCCUUGA